UUGAAGAAUGAAGAGCAUGUGAAAGAUGUUUUCCCUCCCUUUGCCAGGUUUUUCAACCUCACAUGAAACACUUUAACUUAUAUAUGCGUUCUACAAUCUCAACAGCAAUUUGUGAAUGGACCUAAACGACCCAUAUUUAUAACUCGUGCCUCAACAGAGCGCCUGAGGAAAAAAAAAACUUUGUUUACAUGUCACGAUUACAUAUUACACAGUUUACUUAAUCGUAUUUCUAUAAAAAAAAAAAAAAAAGUGUCACAUAAAUCACAAUAUGUGUUUCCAGGGUGAAACCUUUCGCGAGAAUUGGUUUUUCAGCUGUGAGAUUGCACUUCACUUCACACACAUUGUUCAGUAUUUUCCAAGUUCUUCCUACCGUCUUGGGAAGUUUCUGGGUGAGCCUCGACUUCAUGUAGUCGAUUCAGUUUUCCAGCAGGCUCAUGUGUUUCGUUUGCAAGUAAAAGUUGCCAAAAUUUUAGUUUUGUCGUAUCUAAUAUCCGAUCAAUCUUUAUUUCUAUCUUUAUCCAGUUGAAAUCAGUCGCUAAAUGUUUUACAUGUCCUAAUCGGAUAUGACACUGUCUUUGAUCUAAUCCUUUGGAAAGUCCUAUUUAACGCCUGAUGGCAUCAGAUUCCGGACGUAAAAUGACAAAAAGAACUAAGUGCUUUGGACUCAUUAAUCUUCAGAAGACCCACUUUAAUAGUGCUGAACAGUAAAUAUCACAAAAAAAGCUAAUAUUUCUACCUUUUCAUUUUAUUUGCAACACAAAAAAUUAAAAAUUGCCAAUUAAGGGAAUUGAUUCAAUAAAAGUUUCUCGAUGAGUUUGAACUUGAAAAACUUAGAAAAAAAUCUUGAAUUAUCAGGAAUGAUCUAGUAAAAUUAUAGAAGGCAAUUAACACUGAAACAAAAGCAAUCAGAAACAUAGGCUUGUUUACCUUAAGCUUUUUACUGUACAAAUAUAAUGCUCCUCAUUUCUUUGAAGCUAAUUUUUAUCAUCAAUUGUAACUAUUCAAAAGCGCACCGCUAAUUCCUUAAAUUGAAGAUGUCUUCAAUUAAUGGUUAAAACUGUAUUGAUUUUGGAAAUACCUGGUGAUGCAGCCCCGCCGAAAGGAGAACAGCAAAGUGAAGAACAAUUAACAACCAAGGAUUAGUUUAUACACUCAGACAUAUAUGUUUGUUUUGAAGAAAAACCGGGUUUCCGUCCCAAGACAAGAAAGUUAAACAACACAUUGAAAUCAUUCGUGGUGUUUUUGAAAUAAACUGCUCAAUAUGUGAUGGGUUCAGAAAUAAAUUGUUGAAGAGCCUCAAGCAAGCAGCAUAGUGUCCCAAAUUAGAUUCUGCUCUAUAUCUGAGUGUUUUGCAAAUCUUGAAAUUGUUGUCAGUUUUAGCGUCUAAAGAAACAAAACACCUCGAGUGUCCGGAAGAAAAUAAUUCCUGAACAACCUGUGCGACCACGAAGCAAUGAACUCGAUACAAAACGAAAGCUUGGUAUCAGAGACGAACUCUUCCAAUUCAAGUGCAAGUAAUUUGACAACAGCUCUUCACGCCGCUGUGAUCAUCUUUAUAAUGACCUUAAUAAUUCUUGGAAAUCUUCUGGUGCUAAUUGUAACUUACCGCCAAAGAAGCCGUCCUAGCGUGCGAGUAGCAAACAUGUUCAUUGCCAAUCUCGCUGUUGUGGAUCUCUCAAUUGCGGUAUUACUGUUUCCAUUUUCUGUUGUGACGAUUUUGCUUCGCCGAUGGCCCUUUGGAGAGGCGUUAUGUAAGUUCAAUGGCGCCACUAACAUGAUGGCGGGUGCAGCUUCUAUUCUAAUAAUGGCGGUUAUCAGCUUUGACAGGUAUCGUGCAAUAGUUUCCCCACCGGGCAGUAAGAUCACCCCUAAACAGGCCUGGGUACUACUAGCCAUAGUCUGGACGUGGUCCAUCAUCAUUGGUGUUCUCCCAGUUCUUGGUUGGAACCAAUACGCACACAGCUCUCUGAGCACCAUGUGCAAGAUUUCUUUUAGCGAGGGACGCGGCUACAUCCUCCUUGUGAUAAUCAGCUGUUUUGUGAUCCCAUUAUUAACAAUGUUCUACUGCUAUCUACGAAUUUUCCUCAAGGUGCGUUUCCACAAGAGGCAAGUGCAACGAUGGAGUGACAACAGGCAAUCACAAAAAAAUUUUAGGCGUGAAACGAAGACAGCGCAAGUGGUUUUCACGGUGCUUUUCGUUUUUGUUGUGUGUUGGACCCCGUUUGUCAUUGUCCAUUUUCUGCAGUCACUUCCGACAAUUAGCAUUUCACGAAUUGUUUUUCAUUCAGUGACUCUUGUAGCGGGCGUGCAUUCUGCCUGUAACCCAAUCAUCUAUAUCACGAUGAACAGAACAUUUCGUAACGAAUUGCACCAAGUAUGCCAGUGCGUCAUUUGUGGGCGAGUCAAAUGCUGUGGUGCUGACAACCUUGUACAGCCACUCAGCUUUGAAACCAGUUUCACGCAAAGAUCAUGAAAAAACACUUACCUCUUUGUUGCUAAGAUUACUGCGGCUACAAGCCAGUGAAGUCGAAAGGGGAUGUAUCACAACAUAUCACAGUCGUUGUGACGGAGACAUGACGCAAUGCAGUCAUAAUCAAGUGAAGAAAGUAUUACCAUAGAGUGACGUUGCAGGGUAACUGCUUACUGAUAUAGGUUGGCCGCUCAAAACAGGUUCCACAUGAUGGGGAUGUUACAAAAAAGGCCAUUUUAUCCAUAAUUAACCACUAUUGUACAAAAACUCUUCAAAAAUACUUCUAACAUUGAUUCCGGGAGGUAAACAUAGACCAAAUCAUACUUGAAAGAUUAUUGUUCGUUUUGUUUGAAUGGUUCCGCUUUAAGUGACUUUUCAGUACAAGUAGAAGACAAAACAAACAGACCGAUGGGACUUAAUAAAGGGUGACAACCACCGCUUAAUAUAAUUAAGUAAGCGCUAAAUAGAGGUGAAAUUAGAGUAACUAAGGAGGGGAAAAUUAAGGAAUUGGACAAAAGAGGACAAUUGUUUCCUAAAACUGACCUGCCGGUUUACGGAAAAGUUGAAAGUUAUCAGAGAAAAACUGAUCAAGGAUUGAAAAUUGGCACCAAGGAAAGCUCGCCCUUGAACGUGCAGCUCCACCUUAUUUAUGCACCUUAUAACUGAAGAAUCAUAUGCUCAAAUGAAAGACAGUAACUUUAUUUCAGCAUCUAAGUCUGAAAACUAUGAAAUACAGUACAAACAAUGUUCAAAUUUUUAACCGCAGCGAGACCCGCUACAUGCGUUUUAUCACUAUUAUCAACGUUUACCUAUAAAAUCCGGUCACUAAGAACGAUUAAUUUCAGAACCAAGUUUCUAAAAAUAGCAAAAAUUAAAAAAAAAACACCAUACAUCCAUGUAAUUACGCUUCAAUAACAAAUCAAAAUACAUUAAGAUAUAUGAAUCUCCCACAUUUAAGGGCGAAAUCAAACCUUACGAAUUAUACAAUAUAACGUAUGCGAAAAAAUGGGAAUUAUCAUGCCAUUUCAAAUAAAUUUUGAUGAAACUUUCUAGAAGUCAAAAUGAUUUUUGAGAUGAAAUGAUUAGAUAAAGCUUGCAGUGAAAAUGUCAGAUUGACACAAAGUACGUUUAACUAUUAGCUAGACACGAUUAAAAGGCAUUUAUCAGA